UAGCAACAAAACGGGUGUCAUGAAGUCAUUUUUAUUGCGUUUAUUACCGCGUUUCUUUUUAAUCGUGUACGCACUACAGCCUACUAACAUAUAUAACACUCAUUCUACGUGGCGUGGACGAUUUGUCGCCACGUCACUUCGAUGCUACCCGGGCUAGCUUAGCUCGCUAGCUGCUAAACAAAACGAAGCGGAAGUGAUCGACGCGUCGCUAAAGUGUGCGUGUAAAGUGUGAAAAUGUGCAAAGUAGAAAUGCUGAGAGUGUUGGUGAAGCAGCGACUAACUGCUGCUGUGGAAGAAAUAUUUGUAGUGUUAGAAAGAACGAUAGCAGAAUACGAGGAGGAACUUUCUAGAACAAAAGAGGAGAACGAGCGACAACGUCAACUACUGGACGCUCUUUUCAACAAACAUCAACAAGCAGUCAGUGGAGAACAUCUUCCUCCUGAACAUCUUCCUCCUGAGCGGCAGGAGUGGAGCUCCUGGGUGGAGCAGGAGGAGCCACAGCCCCCCCACUUUAAAGAGGAACAAGAGGAUGACAGCAUCAGUCUGGAAGGAGAGCAUCUUGAAGGACUGGAGGAUUUGCCGGUGAUUCGUGUUGUCGUCAAGAGUGAAGAUGAUGAGGUCAAAGGUGAAAGUGAGGUGAAGGGAGAGGCGGAGCCUCCAAGCAGCAGCUCAACUCCACACGUGACAACAGAAGGUGAUGGUGGAGGAUCACAAGCAGACUUAGCUCCACUGUCCGAUGGUGACCACACAACAUCACACCCUGCUGACACCGAUGAGGAAGACUAUAAAGCUGCUCAGACACGUCACGCUGACAACACACACUUGAAAUGCUCUCAGUGUGACAAAACUUUUGGCGACAAGUCAUCUUUGACAAGACACGUGAGGAUCCACUCAGGAGAAAAACCAUUUACUUGCGCAGUUUGUAGCAAAAGCUUCAAACUGAAGGAGACUUUGAUCAGGCACACGAGGAUACACACCGGUGAAAAACCAUUUGCCUGCUCAGUUUGCGGCAAAAGCUUCUCUGUGAGGGGAAAUUUUAUAACGCACGCCAGAACGCACACGGGAGAAAAACCAUACGCGUGCUCAUUCUGCAACACGGGUUUCCGUGCUCGUCCGGCGUUGGUCAAACACUUGAGAACGCACACCGGGGAGAAACCUUUCAUCUGUGCAGUUUGCGGCGAAAGAUUCUCUCAAAAGGAGACAUUAAAUAGACAUUCAAGAACGCACUCUGGGGAGAAACCUUUUACCUGCUUAAUAUGCGGUAAAACCUUCUCCAUAAAAGGACAACUGAUAGCACACACCAGAACACACACAGGAGAGAAACCUUUCACCUGCACAUUCUGCGGCAAGACAUUCUCUCUUAAGGGAAAUUUAAUCCGACACACAAGAACGCACACGGGAGAGAAGCCCUUUUCCUGCCCAGUCUGCAACAAAAGUUUUACCGAUGGCUCGGGAUUGAUUAUUCACAGGAGAACGCACACGGGGGAAAAACCUUUUCCCUGCUCGGUUUGCGGUCAAAGAUUUGCCAUCAAAGGGCAUUUGAUAACACACACAAGAACACACACUGGGGAAAAACCGUUUUCAUGCUUGGUGUGUAGCACAGAUUUUAGUUCUCAUUCAGGACUGGCCCAACACAUGCACAAACACAGCUGAGAGGACUGAAGGGCAAUUAUCGCCAUCUUGUACUCACACUACAACCCCUGCAAGUGUGCAUUGUGUGUCCACUUUCAUAAACACGUGUGUACACACAUGUUGAACA